GGAACAGUCGCUCUGUGAUUGGUCAGGUAAAACCCAUUUAUUCUCUGACAGCCCUCAUCACAUGAAUGGUUGUCUAUUAACUUGUUCAAAAAGUAUCAGGAGUUGUCAAGGCUCAGCCGGAGAGGGAAAAGUAGUUUGUUGAUUCUUAAAGACCAAGAGAGAAGUUUGUGGACACAACAGGACCGCAGUGGGCGAGGGCAGAAAGUCGGUUACUAUUUCAGUAAAGUUACUGAAAGCUGCAAGGUAACAACAGCGAACUACCUCUGCUUUGGACUUUUUUCCUUUGGUGUAGCAGGUUACACAAAAUCAGUUUUAAUGUAUAACAUGAUGGAAACCGAACUCAAACCCCCCGCACCUCAGCUCAAUUCUGGGGGUACGGGGAAUUCUAAUUCAUCUGGAAACAGCCAGAAAAACAGUCCGGACAGAGUCAAGAGACCCAUGAAUGCCUUCAUGGUUUGGUCGAGGGGACAGCGAAGGAAAAUGGCGCAGGAGAACCCCAAAAUGCACAAUUCGGAAAUUAGCAAAAGACUCGGGGCCGAGUGGAAACUUUUAUCCGAGAGCGAAAAGCGACCUUUCAUCGACGAGGCGAAGCGACUCCGCGCGCUCCACAUGAAGGAACAUCCGGAUUACAAAUACAGACCGAGGCGGAAAACCAAGACGUUGAUGAAGAAGGACAAGUACACUCUACCAGGUGGGCUUCUUGCGCCGGGCGGUAACGCUAUGGGCGCCGGGGUGGGCGUAGGGGCUGGCUUGGGCGGUGGGGUCAAUCAGAGGAUGGACAGCUAUGCGCAUAUGAAUGGCUGGACCAACGGAGGCUAUGGCAUGAUGCAGGAUCAGCUGGGUUAUCCGCAACACCCGGGUCUUAACGCUCACAACACGGCACAGAUGCAGCCGAUGCACCGCUACGACAUGAGCGCCCUUCAGUACAAUUCAAUGACCAGCUCGCAGACCUACAUGAACGGAUCGCCCACGUACAGCAUGUCGUAUUCCCAGCAGAGCAACCCGGGGAUGGCUCUGGGAUCCAUGGGCUCGGUGGUAAAAUCCGAGUCCAGUUCGAGUCCGCCCGUUGUCACCUCGUCCUCGCAUUCAAGGGUCGCGCCGUGUCAAACCGGAGAUCUUCGGGACAUGAUCAGUAUGUAUCUACCGGGCGCCGAAGUACCAGAACAAACGGCCCAAACCAGGCUGCACAUGUCCCAGCAUUACCAGAACGCGCCGGUACCAGGAGCAGCCAUCAACGGCACGCUUCCACUAUCGCAUAUGUAAAUGGACCUUUAUUAUAGAAACUCUACUUCUCUGGACUAUUUUUGUACAGAACAAUUUGGGGGAGGGGAAAGUUGUAUAGAACUCAAGGAAAGAACACAAAACUUUUUUCUUUUUCCUUUUCUUUUUUUUUUUUUUCAAAGAAAAGUUCUAGAUGAACGGUAGGAACUUUGCAAAAGUUUUUUGAAAGGUGUACCAGAUUUUAAAUAAUAAUAAAAAAAAUAGGGAGAGAGAGAGAGAUAGUCUCAAUCAAAUGCUUUAUUAUUGCAAUCAACUUUUGUACAGUAUUUAUCAAAGAAACAUAACAAUCAAAAUGUAAUGUUUGUAUUCUAUAAAAAUGUUAAAUUUUAUAAACAAUUCUGCACAAAAAGAAGCAAAGAAAUUGCAGAAUAUUUGAGUUCAAUUUGGUUCUAAUAUUGCAGAAACACAGAAGUGAUGAGCAAGGUAAAGGUUUCGCCCGAGGGCGUAAAUAGAGUACUAAACCGUUUUAAUUUUGUUUAAAGAUUAAACAGAAAGGACCUUUAUCUUACCGGUUGGGCAUAAUUGAUAAUUUAUAUUUUUUUGUCUCCCACUUUCCAUCUGUUAGAGAUAUGAAGAUUGUGUUUAUUAUUUUCUCAUGGUUUGUAAUAUUUCUGUAUAUUUACUGUGAUAUUUUAAGUUUUUAUUUUCAUUUUUCAUUUCCGUAGUUGUAUUUUAAAAUUUGGCCUGUACCGAAAGCGGUCGCCGACACUCCAUGUAUAUAUUUGAACUAAUAACAUCAUUAUAACAGUUACAAUUUCAGCUUAAGUUUUUUCCAACAUGCAGUUUGAAAUGAAUAAAUUUUUGAAAUUUGGAUACUUGAAAA